AACAUAUAAUUCAUAUUUUAAAAAAUACAAGAUGGAGAUAUGUGUAUGACAACUUGGGCUAUGUUGUAUUUGACGCUAAUGGGACCAGGACGUUUUAGAAAAAGUUAGCUGGCCAGCCAACCAUACAGCCAGCUACUUAAUAUUUGAUGAAAUAGCUAAAUAUCACUUGUCACUGAAACUUACAGCGCGAUUGUAAUUUCUUCGUAGUGUUUAGUUAGGUAGUUCAUUUAUAUUUGUACGUAUUCCCGUAAUGUAUACGUAGUCUCUUACUAUUUCCUACACCUCAAUGGCAAGUUAAACGUUUACGAGGGGUGUCCUCAAGCUCCAUUCCUCUGAAACAUUAAAGUGCAUCGUCUAGUGUACUGGUAAUUUAGGAAACCCUGAAAACGCAUGAAUUGAAGCAUUUGUUUAAUCUGCCUUUGCUUUAAGAAGGGACAGCAUUUAAUGUCACUCUUCAACUAUCCGCUUCAGGGCUUGCUUCAGGGUUCGAUUGUAGCAGUAUGAAAUGGAGGAGAAGAAGUUAAAGAGAAAAAGCCCCCGGCCGCCCAGCGCCCAGCCAGCUCAUCCUGCGACCACCCGAAAAAAUGCGGCAACCAAUCGCAAUCUCAGCUUGAGCAACACGGGGACCACGCAGAGGACGAAGUUUAGGAAGAAUACCAAACCCAAACAGCAAGGACCAUCAGGGAAGGGUCAGACUGGCCCAGUCCAGCACGCCUUCCUUACCGAUGUUUCGGAUGUCCAGGAGAUGGAGAAGGGUCUGCUAAGUCUCCUUAAUGACUUCCACUCAGGCAAACUACAGGCUUUUGGUAGUGAAUGUUUGAUUGAUCAGAUGGAACAUGUUCGGGAGAUGCAGGAGAAGCUUGCGCGAUUGCACUUUGACCUCUACGGAGAGGUGGAUGAAAUGCCAGACGACAAGAAAAAGCUUGCCAGUGAUAACAACAUGGACAAACUUCUAACAAAUUUGGAGGAGUUGAGUUCAUCCAUUCAAAAGCUCAACCUCGCCGAAAGCCAGGAUUUACCAAGAACAUCCAGCAGCUGAUUGGUGGAUGCUUAUUAUUGACAUGUAUCUUUCAAUAUAAAAUAGCAAGAGGCUGUAAUAUUGCAUAUGUACAUCGUGAAUUUAGUGGUGUGGUGAUGCACCUACAAAAAAAAAUUACAGCAUGGAUUUAUUUUGGUAGGAUGUUGAGGGGUUCAGACAGUGCAAGCACUCAGUUUGCAUCCAUGCCUAUGGCCAAGAUGAUCCAGUCAUGAUCGGGAGUCCCCCAAUGAAGGCCUGUAAUUAACAUUGUUUCACUGCUGCAGAAUCUUGACCAGACAGUGCCUCCUAUAGACCUGUCAGGGCAAGUUCAGUUUUGUGUGUGGUUUGGUGUGGUGUACUCUCUGUCUCGUCAGUGCCAACCAGCUCUCCCAAAUGGUGCAAUAUGAUAUAUUUAUUUUUUUAACAUGCCAAGCUUAUUAAGGCACCGGACAAAUUGGAUGACCAAACCGCUGUUAAGAAUUUAAUAUUUUGGGAACCAGCUUAGGACAUUAAAGAUCUGAAAAGUACUUGGUCUGAAGUUUGCAGUUAUUUACCUUAAAAGUGACAGUGCAAGCAAUAAAAUGUAUGUUCGUUUACAGUUAUGAUGGAGGGGGUUGCUUUUCUCAGAUUUCAUAACUUUUCAUGAUUCUUGUGAUUCCAUGUAUACGAGUCCGCCUUGGGAACCCCGGAUUGUGGACUGACAGCAGCUACUGCUGUAAAUAGAUCAGCUUUUUAUUUAAAUCGCUUCUUUCACCUCUGCACAGCUGUGAAUUGUUACAUUUAUGAAAUAUAUGUAAUAUGUUUUUAUGUAUAUGACUACAAAUAAAAUAUUGGGCUUCCAAAUAACAAAGAUGGACCACUAUUGCUUUAUGAAAUAAUAGAUAAAAUGUUAUAUAAUGACCACCAGCCUGAUUUUAUGUGAUUGGGUAAGAUUUUAUUCAAAGAAAUGCCAAAAUUCUUUAAUUAUUUUGCCUUAUUAUUAUGCAAUGUAUUGCAGAUAUCAAUAAAAGUUGAUUAUUUUGCACAAA